UUGAGCGAACCGAAGACUGGCCGUAGAUAAUAAUAAUAGUAGGUAAAUAAUAAAAUUUACAAUAGACUUCGCUAUUUCGGAGUAGUUAUCGAGUUGUUGUUGACUUCCACCACUGCCACCGAACUACCGAAGCGCCGAACACUCGAUACUCGGCAGUAAGGCAGUUCGACACUUCACGUCCACGAUCGACAGUCGUCCGGUUCGUCUGACUCGUACUUGACAUUUGUGAUUUUCUAAUUCUUGUCAUCUCGGACUAGAAUUGAGCAAUACCUACGUGGUUACGUUAUAUCACACAAAUUGGCCGAUUCUGAUCAUGGCGAAGAAGUUACUGGAUUUUACCACUGGGCUCGCUAAGUCCACUGCUUUGGCUCGUAACCGCAAUUAUGCCACAGCUUCAACAAGAAUCUUGGUCAAAAAUCCUAUUGUUGAAAUGGAUGGUGAUGAAAUGACUAGAAUUAUGUGGGAAAAAAUAAAAGAAACACUCAUUUUUCCUUAUAUCAAAUUAGAUUGCUUAUACUACGAUCUUGGUCUACCCAACAGGGAUGCUACUGAUGAUCAAGUAACUAUAGAUGCUGCUGAAGCUACAUUAAAAUAUAAUGUGGGAAUUAAAUGUGCGACAAUUACACCAGACGAAGCUCGUGUUGAAGAAUUUAAAUUGAAAAAAAUGUGGCUCAGUCCUAAUGGUACAAUACGUAAUAUUCUUGGUGGAACAGUUUUCAGAGAACCAAUUAUAUGUAAAACUAUUCCUAGGCUGGUUCCUGGUUGGACCAAACCUAUUGUGAUUGGUAGACAUGCACAUGGUGAUCAAUACAAAGCUACUGAUUACUUAGUAACUAGGCCUGGCCAAUUGGAAUUAGUUUUUACUGAUCACAAAGGGCAAGUAGAAAAACUAAAAGUGUUUGAUUUCAAAUCUGCUGGUGUGGCUAUGGCCAUGUAUAAUUUGGACGAUUCAAUAGCAUCUUUUGCUCACUCCAGUUUUCAAGUGGCUUUGUCAAAAAAAUGGCCGCUUUAUUUAUCUACAAAAAAUACUAUCCUUAAAAAAUAUGAUGGAAGAUUCAAAGAUAUUUUUGAAGAGAUUUUUGAAAAAAACUACAAGUCUCAAUUUGAAACAGCCAAGAUUUGGUAUGAACAUCGAUUGAUUGAUGACAUGGUUGCACAAGCAUUAAAAGGAGAUGGUGGUUUUGUAUGGGCUUGUAAAAAUUAUGAUGGAGAUGUCAUGUCUGAUAUUAUUGCUCAGGGAUAUGGUUCUUUGGGUCUUAUGACAUCAGUUCUCGUAUGUCCUGAUGGCAAGACAUUAGAAUCUGAAGCUGCUCAUGGAACAGUCACCAGGCAUUACAGACAACACCAAAAAGGAAAUCUAACAUCAACAAAUCCAAUUGCUUCAAUUUAUGCUUGGACUCGAGGUCUUAAACACAGGGCAAUGCUUGAUAACACUCCUGAACUUACCAAAUUUUGUGACACAUUGGAAGAAGCUUGUGUAGGAAGUGUUGAUGCUGGCCAUAUGACCAAAGAUCUUGCAAUUUGUAUACAUGGCCUAAAAAAUGUUAAAGAAGGAAUGUACUUGAAUACCAAUGAGUAUUUGGAUAGUAUAAAAGAACAUUUGGACAAUAAAUUGAAACCAUAAUUCACACGAGAAAACAAGCUCAUUCUUUGCAGAUAGGUUCAAUAACACUUCAAUAAUUGUUUAUUCUUCGCAUAGUUACAAUUUUUAGAUAUAACCAAUGAAAUAAAUGCUUUAUAUUUUUGGCAUGUAUUUCUAAUAUUAAUCAUUGUUAUGUUAAAAUUAGAUUGCUGCUAAGUAUUAAGUGACUCAUUGUUAGUGACAAUAUUCUAUUGAAGUUUUACUUGUUACUGUUAUUAAUAAUAAUUUUGGUAAUUUAUUUUAAUGCUCAACAUUUAUUCUACUAUAAGAAAAUAUUGUCAGUAUUUAUAAAUGAUGCCUUGCUUGAAUAAUACAAUAUGUAUUUUUUGUACUUACGGACCUUUGUAUUGCAUAUAUUCAAAGAACAUUUUAUUUUUUUAUAAAGAUUGUAUAGUUUGCUGUCUCACAAACACAGCAUGUUAUUGAAUAAUUUAAUUCACAGAAAUAGUCAUUUUUUAUAUUGUUGAAAUGUAUAUAAAUUUAAGUCUUUAUAAAUGUAUUGUUUAGAUUGUUAUAUAAUUGAUGAAAUAUAUAUAUAUUUAUUUAUUGAUAA